AUGCCUUACCGGAAGAAGGCCCUGCAGAAGAGUCCGUCAAUGGUCGCCACGGGCCAGCGCGGCGCCGUGCGAGCGGCAGAGGAGAGCCUUACGGGAGAUCAGCCGCCAGCAGCAGAGCCGGGGGUGGAGCUUGUGACGGAGGAGAACAUCAUGCUGUCCCUUCGAGUCGUUCGCGGCAAGGAGUGGCAACAUGGUGAAGAGGACGGCGGCCCAGGGUUUGUGGGCAUUGUGCUGUCCUUCGACACCAAGAGGCUGACUGCACAGGUGCUUUGGGAGAGGACUUGCCAGGCCUUCUCUCACUACCGCUAUGGCACACGCUAUGGCAAGACCAGUGACCUGGCUGUCUUCAAGCCUGCACUGGGCGUUACACCAAGCCUUGGGAGGCGCAACUCGCAGGAGUUCUUUGCGACAAAGUUCCAGACUAUGAUCGUCCUUGAUUGGGACGACACGCUGUUUCCCACCAGCUACUUGAGGGAUGAGCUGCGGCUGUCCUGGAUGAAAGCAUGGAAGGAUCAAAACCUGCCUGCGAAGCUCAAGGACGAGGUCGCUUCAAAGCUGGCGAUAUGUCAAACCAAGGUUGUGGACCUUCUGAAACAGGCCACAGCAGCUGGAAAGGUGAUACUUGUCACCCUUGCCCGCAAGCCUUGGGUGCUCGACUCCUGCAGGAACUUCUUUCCAACAGUGGGUCAGGCGAUCACUGAGCUUAGCGUACCUGUGAUCUAUGCCCAAGAUGGAGCUGGGGUGGAUUACAACAAGAUCCACAUGUCCUCGAAUGCGGAGCUCGAGCGCUUCUGGAGUGGGAUGAAAGCUCGCGCCAUCGCGAGGGAGUGUCGAGAAUUCUACUCACAGUAUGAUGGGCAAAGCUGGAAGAACGUCAUCUCCAUUGGUGACUCUGACUUCGAAAGGUUGGGCACCAUGUUGGCCACGAAGGACUACAUGACCCAGACUGGCAUCAAGAGCAGUGACAACACCGACAACUGCGCGGUGGCCGCGAGCUAUGUGGAGUUCCCCUCAUCAUCGCUCUGGAGCCUUGCGUUGAUAAUGUCCAAGAUCAAGCUCGACAGCGAUUUCGAUUUGAACCUGAACAACGCGGCGCGAACACGUUCUGGGGUGACUUCCACACGGGUCGCGAGCUUGAGCAUGGUGGACUUGGCAGGUUCUGAACGUCAGCAGCAUCUCGGUGAGCCUGGCACGAGCAUGGUUCAGCCUUACGAAGCCUUGCGAGUCAAGGAAGCUGGUGCCAUCAACAAGAGUCUGAGUGCACUGACCAACGUGAUCAUGUCGUUGUCCAGGGAGGAAAGGUCACGCAAACGAAGUGGCGACGGUCGACGCAGCACUUAUGUCCACUAUCGUGACAGCAAACUGACAUUUCUCUUGCGCGAUUCAUUGGGUGGAAAUUCGAAGACCGUCAUUGUGGCAAAUGUUUCUCCAUCGCAGCUGUGUUUGUCAGAGACUCUCUCCACGUUGAAGUUUGCCGCUCGUGCAAAGCACAUUCGCUGCACAGUGGUUCGGAAUGAGGCUUUCAGUGGCACGGUGGACAGCCUUAUGGAAGAGGUGCAGAUGCUGCGCAAGCAGCUGGCCCAACUCAGUGGCCGGACGUUCGACUCCCGCACGUCUGCUCAGUCUCGUCCGCUUAUGUCAUCUGGGAGCAUCUCUGAAGGCAUCGAGGAUGAGCCUGAAGCUGAAGACAUGGGCUCCCGAGAUGCCGGACAUGAUUUCGAGGAUGAGUCGCACCACGACCGGCAGAGGGUGGCCCGCUUGGAGGUGCUCCUCUCCGCAGCUUUGGAGCGCGAGGCCUCCGCAGAACAGCGGCGGCACCGCCUGAAGCGGCUGGCUACCUUCCUGGAGGAUUUGGAUUUCCGCAAGUGCCACCGCUUGCGGAAGCUUCAUGCCGAGUAUGUUACCCAGUUGGCGCCGCAAGUGGAGGCUUCAGCCAUUGCAGAUGACAUGGAAGUCCAAGAGCUAUCAUCAAAACUCAUCAGCUUCGGCCAUCUCCUGGGAAACCUGACACGAGGAGCUCGACUGGAGGAUGGGGAUUAUGGCGGAGCUGACUCUGAUGCGCAGUCCACAGCGAAGAGCUUGGCGACUCGGGUAGCUGCAGGAACCAACGUCGAGCUUAAAUUCUGA